CUGCUGGGGAACGUGAAGGAUGUACUAAAUUUAGAGGUUGGAAUAGAGUAUCCGUUGGAUCGCGUUUUAUCUCCCAACCGUUAUUUUAUCGAUGGAGGUUCGGAUAGGAUAGCACUCUCACGUGCCCCCUGUGCGCGCGCAUACAUGCACGGCAAGGUUUAAUCCGGACCGCGAGAGAGCCGCGCCAAAGAAAACAAAAGAAAAGAAAAACCACCCCCACACCGUACCGUACGAACAGUCGUCCCAUCCCCGGAACCCACGCAGCUUCGCCAACACAAGAGAUGGUAAGCUAGCUAGGUAUAGUACGUUCAAGGAGGAGAAAGGCCGGACGCGAGAGAUGGACGCCGUCGGCGCAGCUGGCGGUGGCGCCAUGCUCCCCGCCGCCGCCAGGCGCGGCCAGCCGCCGCAGCCACCGUGCAUGACGACGGCGCCGGAGCAGCAGGCCGCCGCCGGAGGCGCCGUGAUCUGGCCGGCGGCGGCGGCGGCGGAGGCCAAGGAGAAGAUGGUCGUCGACGCCCGGACCAUGCAGCUCUUCCCCACGCGAUCCGCAGACGGCGUCGUCGUGUCGCCGGCUCCGGCGCCGGCGGCGGCCCAAGAACGACGACGGCCGGAAGUGCAUGUGACGCCGUCGGUGCCGGCGACGGCGCCGACGGCGCCAUUGACCAUCGUCUACGGCGGCCAGGUGCUGGUGUUCGAGCACUACACGGCGGAGGCGGCCGAGAAGCUGGUGCAGCGCACGCAGCAUCUGCUGGCUGCGGCCGCCGGCGGCGGCGGUGGGAACAAAAACAAUAAUGUCACCGUUGUGACUCCCCCGCCGGACGAGCCGCCCAUGCUGCUGCCGCCGCCGCAGAUGCCGGCUGCCUCGGGGGUCUCCGCCGGCGGCGUGAUGCCGAUCGCCAGGAAGGCGUCGCUGCAGCGAUUCCUCCAAAAGAGGAAGCAAAAAUAUAUUAGUUGACACAGGAUCAAAGAAAGAUAGAGAGAGAUAUCCAUGCAAAGCUAGGAUGCUGAUGUCGAUGGAGGAGGACGGCGACGGCCCUCAAACGGUCGCAUGUGAAAGAUUGACAUCUAUAUGCAUAUAUAAAAUACGAGAAGAUUAAAGGGUACGUAGUUCCUGUUUGCGAAUUAUGUAAUUUCUUCCAAAUAAUUCUUAUUCUGCUGCUGCUGCUGCUGCUACUAAUAAUUACAAAGAUGCCACCUAAUUAAGCUAGUGUUCUAGCUUGAAUAAGCACACAUCAUAUGUGUUAAUUAUUAUAUUAUUAUUGUUGUUGUUGUUUUCUUUUAUCAAGGCUUAUCUGUUUAUUUGAUGUGGUAUCAUUUAAUUGUUUUCGAAAGCUCUA